AUGAAUCUGAUAAUGACGACGCCGGAUGAAUUUCUUCAAUUUGCGAAAGAAAUGGGCCUUGGAAGAAUUCAGUCGACACCAAUUCAAACUGUAGCAAAUUAUCAUGAACCAUCGACAACAGGCUUAUGCGUAUUGAAUAAUUUAUGUUGUUUAAUUGAACAGAUUCGUCAAUUAAAGGCUGAAAAUAAUCGUUUACGUGCUCAUUUAGAAAUCGAUAGACAGUUGAAUAAGUUUCGCCAAUUUCUUAUUUCAAAAGAAAACUCCGAAGAUAAAAAAGACGUUCUUCCUUCAAAAACUCUUUCUAACGAAGAAAAGACAAGCACAUUAUCACCAACAAAUUCAUUAAAACUUAAACGAUCAAAAUUGAUUGAAGAACCCAAAAGUAUUCAUUAUACUAAUCAGCAAGAAGAUUCUCCUCCUUCAAUCCUUACAGCUGGCCAUGAAUUAUUGGAUUUAACAGAAAAUAACUCAGGUUCAGUUCCAACAUCAUCCUGGAAUAAAGUUCGACAUGCUUUUCGAUUUUCCUUACGACGAAAGCAUGAUCAUACAACAAGUCCUCCUCUAGCUCAUGUUGAUCGGCAAAUACCCACCAUUAGUGUGUCGAUAGAAAGCGAUGAUGAUCAUUUAAAAGACAACAAACGUUUGAAAAAGAAGAAAAAGAAAAAUCCAACAGUAGACGAAAAUCAAUCGACAAUUAUCGGUGAUGAUAGUGAUCCCGAUGAUCAAUCAGUUCAAUUGGUUCGUGCAUACCAUAGAAGACGACUCUAUGGCAAUGACACAGCAACAUCAUCGAGCACUGAACGUCAAGAAGCAUCUUCAAUCACUUUACGUUCUACUACUUCGAAUAAUGACGAAGAAACAUUAUUAAAGCCUCGAUAUCGACGUAAAAUUCGCUCGAAAUUGGACACAGUUCGACGUCAAUUUAGUGAUCAGAAUUCAUCGACGUCCGCACGUGCUAUCCAUCAAUCACAUGGCACAACAUUUGAUGAUAUUGGCUCAGGACUAAAUCAUGCGCUACUAACAGCACAGUUAGCACCGGCUUUGACAAAAUCCUAUCAACAAAAAAUGCGUGAAUGGGAAUCAAUGCAAAAGAGUCAUUUUCUUGUUAGCUAUCGUCGACAAUCUAUCGUACCAAAAUCUGAUCCAAAUAGUAAUUCUCGAAAACCUUCAUUAAUUCAUUUGUUAAAUCAAACAACGACGAACGAAAUAACCCCAUCGACCAUAGCUGAUUUCUAUCCGAUAACGAUCGAAGAGUCAAAUAUUGAACUUCCAACGAAUAUAGUUCCAUUAGGUCCUAUUCUGUCGCCGAAUCAACGAUCGCUUAUCGUUCAUCAAUGGCGCGAAAUCAUGUCCGAAGAACUUUUACUUCGACAUUGUCAGGAAUAUUUACAGCAAAAAACGAUUCUAUUGAAAGAACUGAAAACAAAUUUGAAAACUCUUAAAACCAGUAUAUUCUGUACGACCAAUUCCACGAAAACACAAUCGAUGGCUGACAUUCGAGAGAACUAUCAUAAACAAGAACAGUUGUAUUUGCCUCAGCGUUGUCAUUCGUUACAAACAUUGAUAUCCAUGCCUGCAUCUUGGAUUUUAGCUGUUCAAAGCGCAGCUUACUCUGAUGUUCUCGAUGGUACAUCAAAUCAAACAACUGAACGAGCUAUUUUGUGCAACAAGAAUUUCUUUGACCAACUCGAACAGUGCAAACGAAACCGGCAAGAAUUUGAGCAAGAUUCACUUAGAAAUUCACUUCAGACUAAACCUCGACAAAAUGUACCUGCGAACUGUAAUGAAAAUUCUCAUCAUCGACCUGUUCCACAUCGUGCUUACUUACGAAAGUUAUCGUUAAUUGAAUCAUCGGAGUUUCCAGGACAUUUUUUACCUCAUCCGGUAAUACCUUUACAAUCAACUCUAUCAGAGGAACCACCUCCGGCAAACGUUGAACAUAAUUCAAUUACAUCGGUUACUGACACGAAUUCAACUCCAAAUCCAAAUGAGAAAGACUCGCCACCAACGACUAAUCAUUCUCGAAAACGUUCGAAACGUUCACGUUUCGAUUUCAGAGAAACGUUCGAUCGUAGUAGAAGUCUCUGUAUCGCUCAGAUCAAUUUAUGGUUACAACGUCGUCGACAAAUACACAUCUCCACACAGCGACGAAAGUCUACUACAGAAUCCAAAAUAUCAACACCAAAACUACUUGGUUCACCACGAUUAGCUCGUCUACAUAGGAGACUGUUCAAAAACCCAACGACAUCAUCACCAUCGCCUCUACCGGAUCAAACCUCUGCGCUAGAACCAUUACUCGACGAUUCGGACAACCAGUCUCUUGGCGAUCUUCCCGUUCGCAUCUAUUUUCCACCUUUAUCAGCUCCUGUAACGCGACGUGUACGCAUCACUGAUAUCAACACAAUUAUAUACAGCCACGACAGUUAUGAUGACGACGAAGAAGAAGUGUUCGAACAAAUAUCUCAACCAAAGGUUUCAUCUGACGACAAUAGGAAACAUCCAUUCAGAUCUUCAACUAUUUCAUCGUCGUAUAAAAUAGCAACAGCAAAAGAGCGACGAGAAAGUUAUGCAACAUUGUCGACUGUUUUCAAUAACAGAUGUUUAUAA